GACUAAAGAAGACAACAAUCCAACAGGAGACAAGGGAACGACAUGCACAAUAUAUAGGGCGGAAAACAGAAGUACUCAUCGGGCAGCAGAAUGCUGUUAUAUUGGCAUAUAAUUACUUUGAACCAAUUUGAACUUGUAUUAUAGAUUACGGUGUUGAUUAUGUUAUUAAUUAAUCAAUUCAUUGUUUGGUCUGUAAAAUGUCAGAAAUAAACGGAACAGAAAUCAUGUUGUUCUUAGAGAAGACACCUUCACUACUUCCCUCACAUUAACUCAUGUACUGCACUUAGGUACAAUUUUGUAUUACUUUUACCAUAGUUUAUCUGCUUUAUGCAUCUACUCUUACAUUUCAGGAGAAAUUACCGUGAAUUAGUAGUUUUACUUUCAGUAACUUUUGAUGCUUGUUUUAUAUCCAGGACUUAUACUGAAAGAGAGUAGUUCUACUUUUAAACUUUUAAUCAAGUAAAAUAUCUGAGAAUUUACUUCACUGCAGAAAGGUAUAUUUAUCUAAUUACUAGCCCUAAUAUCUCAGAGCAUUUCAUAUCAGACACAAUCACCAUGCUAGUAACAUCUCAGGGAGAUAUGGGGAUUGGUUUUUCUUGAAUAUCUUGUUAAGGGAAAAUAAUUUUGUAAAAAUUGUAAACACGGUUCAAGUGGAAAUAAAUAUUUAUAAUGUGCAAUAUAAAUAACCUGUGCAAUCUACCGGGCAAUAUAGCAACCACUCAGUCCGAUUAUAUCUUUUUUAUUCGUUUACGUUUUCCACUUGUUUAUUAUAACAAUAAUAUAGCUUGUUUUUUAAUUCAUAUUUGAAGUGGUAUUCCAAUUAAGUGAAAACGUCCCCUUUAACGGUGCGUUGCCGCGGCGGACAACGUGGCCGUGCGGAAUGUAAACAAAGGAACUCCAGUCAAUAGACGGGCAUACUCGAUCUCGUAAAAAAAAAAAGCCCCAAUAACAUGUUUCCCCAGACUCCUCCGUGUGUGGCCAAAUGAGUGCUAUACCUGGGGAGGGAGGGGAGACACAGUGCGCGGACCCCCCACGCCCCCUCGGCGGUGUACGCCGGUGUAACACGACGCUUCAGGAGUUGCCAUCAUCACAUGGCAGAUGGAAAUUUCCACUCGGUCUCUCCGCUUGUGAAAUGGGAAGGGUCUCCAACUCUUGUCUCCACUAGUCCGCCGCCUCCUCUCCUCUGCCCGCUCCAGCUGUCCGCCUGCACCGAUACAUUAGGUCUAGCAGAGAUUGAGGAAGAAGCACAUCGCCACCUUGUGAACUGUAAAACCUGAAAUCCCCAAAAGAAAAGGUGCUCUUCUCCGCCUCUCACCACCGUUGCGUGCCACUAUGCCGGGAGCAGUGGAUCGCAUAGAGCUGAGGAAAGUCUCCGCAGAGGCUGACGACGACAGCAACGACAGCCUGGACGACCGCUACACGGAGCCCAUUGACUCAGAGAAGGGCACCACCGACAGUCAGUUUUUGGACGACAAUGAAGACGGAGAAAGCCAGAAGUUCCUGUCAAAUGGGUUGAUGAAGAAGAAGAAAUAUGAGGAGUACCAUGAAGAAUAUCAUCCCGGCCACACCUCCUUCGGGAUGUCCGUGUUCAACUUGAGCAACGCCAUCAUGGGGAGCGGCAUCCUGGGCCUGUCCUACGCCAUGGCGAACACCGGCAUCGUGCUCUUUUCAAUCCUCCUCGUCGGUGUGGCCAUCCUCUCCUUAUAUUCUGUACAUCUGCUCCUUAUGACAGCUAAAGAAGGAGGAUCCCUCAUCUACGAGAAGCUGGGAGAAAGAGCAUUCGGUUGGCCUGGCAAAAUCGCGGCGUUCGGAUCCAUAAUCAUGCAGAAUAUUGGCGCCAUGUCCAGCUACCUCUUCAUCGUGAAGUACGAGCUGCCCGAGGUGAUCCGAGCCUUUCUGGGUUUGGAAGAAAUCUCUGGUGAGUGGUACUUGAACGGGAACUACCUGGUGAUGUUUGUGUCCAUCGGAAUCAUCCUGCCUUUGUCUCUGCUCAAAAAUCUGGGCUACCUGGGCUACACCAGCGGCUUCUCCCUGUGCUGCAUGGUCUUCUUCCUGUGUGUGAUGAUCUACAAGAAGACCCAGCUGCCCUGCCCUCUUCCCUUCUUUUACCAGCACUCGUCCAACCUCAGCAUGAACGCCUCCGACAUGUCGGGGCUGUACUCACCGCGGAACAGCACGGCGCACAUGGAUUUCUCCCGCGCCGACGUCUCCCCGGCGUUGCUUGGCAGCCCUGACGCUCACUCCUCCACGGGCGUCCACGCGGAGCCCCGCCCCGAAGACGAGGAGAUGUGCACGCCCAAAUACUUUGUCUUCAACUCACAGACGGCGUACACGGUGCCCAUCCUGGCCUUCGCCUUUGUCUGCCACCCUGAGGUCCUGCCCAUCUAUAGUGAGCUUAAAGAUCGCAGCCGGAAAAAGAUGCAGAACGUCUCCAAUCUGUCCAUCAUGAUGAUGCUCAUCAUGUACAUGAUGUCGGCACUGUUUGGCUACCUCACCUUUUUCGACAACGUGGAGGCAGAGUUGCUCCACACCUUCACCAAGGUGUAUAAGUUUGACACCAUGUUGCUGCUGGUGCGUUUGGCUGUGCUCACUGCCGUCACCCUGACGGUCCCCAUCGUGUUGUUCCCUAUCCGCUCCUCCAUCACCACGCUGCUGUUCAGCGGGCGAGAGUUCAGCUGGAUUCGCCACCUGCUGAUCGCCGCCGCCAUCUUGGCCUUCAACAACGUCUUGGUCAUCUUCGUCCCCACCAUCAGGGACAUCUUCGGCUUCAUCGGUUCCUCUGCAGCCACGAUGCUCAUCUUCAUCCUCCCUGCUGCCUUUUACAUCCGCCUGGUAAAGUCAGUGCCGUUUCGCUCCCCGCAGAAGAUCGGAGCGGCCGUCUUCCUGGUCGUGGGAGUCAUCUUCAUGAUUGGCAGCCUGUCACUCAUCACCCUCGACUGGAUCCACAACCCCCCAGGCUCCAGCGUUGGCCACUAAGUCCCUUCUUCCCUCCUUAGAUUCACAUGUAACAGUGCACCCUGUUCCCCACCCACCUCAGCUGCUACAACAUCUGGGAAUGUGGUUCAUCAGUGGUUCCCUUCCCUUGGUCAAAUCAUAAACAUCAAUCAUAACCAUAUGGACAUAAUGUGCUGCGCUGGGUUAAGGUAACUUCAGUUUGCUCCCCCGGAGAAUAUAACUGGAGACUUUGUCAUUAAUUUUUUAUCCUUUUAAAAUAUUUUGUUGCUGUAAAGUUCUGGAUGAGACCGCAGAAACAUAAUAAUUUAAAAUCCAGAGAGGGGGAAACAAGAUUGAGUUAAUGUGCCACCAACAGGGUGAAAUCAUUGUUAUCUUCCUUAAUAUUUACAGCAGUGAGGAGACGGAACAAACACAUACUGUACAGCCCCUCCUCCCUCCCAUCCCCCUGAAGCAGGGCUGGAAAGACAAUUCGAGUCCCUCAGUCCUCUGUGUACUUGAAGGAGACAAUCGGAGGUGGAGUGUGUCGUCCUCCAUGAAACAAGGAGCACUUCUAGCAUUAUGUUUCACUAUGUGUGUAGAGCUAGCACACACACGCACAUACAAACACACACAGACACACACACAUACACAAAGGCUUGGUGAAAACAUAUCUACGCCUGUAUUUUCCAGCUCAUCUCCUAACGGCAAAAGUUAAAUCGUUUAUCGUUUUACAACAUGUAUUCAGGAAUCUUCAUCAAAGUCUACAUGCACACUCAGUAUUACUGUCACAGAGGGAUCUGAACAGAAAUAUAAACAUAAUGAAGUUUUUCGGGGGGGAAAAAAAGAGUUGGACAAAAUAUCAUAAUUUGCUUCAUUUUCCAUUCAGGUUUUCAUGAAGUGAAUAUUUUCAACAUGCAGUAGAAACACCUGCUGACAUUAUUUAUUUGUCCUUUCAUAUUGGGCCAUAAGUUGUUAUUUUUGAUAAAUAAUUGGCAAAAAUGUGGUCGAAAUAUACAUAAAUGCUAUUGGGCGAUUCUAAAGUGAAUUAAAUUCAAACAAGAUCUAAAUGUGAAAGAGCUAAUUUAAAAUCAGUUCGCUAAUUCAAGAUGCUAAGAUUAUAGUCAAAUAUUUUCAAGUUGUGCCAUACUAUCUUUUUGUCUUCUGAAAGAAAACCCUUACUCUCCAGAUUUAAUGUAAGGAGAUGCCUUAUUUUAUAUUUGAAGUGAUAUUUUUAGAUACCACUUUUUUUAAUACCACUUUCAUGUCUGUAUGCUAAUUAUGAAGCUAACGUUACAGCUAGCAGGCGAUUAGCUAGGCAUGAAGAGAGCUCGCUUACUAGAACAAUAACUUGACUAUUUUAAUAUUAUGGUUUUCAUACAACUUCAACCAACAUUUUGAUUUCAAAGCUUCAGAGGUGCUGAUGAGUGGACUUUCAUUUCGGGCCACGCCCUGCAUGCUAGCUUUCAGGCGUUAUGCAACGCUUAGCUAACGGUCUUCAGGAGCCAGCAACAUCUUUAGCAUACUGACAUAAGAGUAGUGUCGACUAUACAGUAACAACAAUAUCACACAUACACACAUCAUGACACUCAUGAUGCAACAGGGCUAGUUUAAAUAUUGAUACAUGCAGAGGACGCAACUAAUGUCGUAAUGAUUUUCGGAAUAAUGUAAUUUUGACCUACAAGACUGUAAAACCAGCUCAAAUAUGUAUCGAAUUUUUCACUAAAGUUCUACAAUUUCUGCCUUUGAAGAUGCUUUAAAAAAUCUACAUUUUGAUGGAUAACGUUAAGUUUAACUGUUCAAGAAAAUUACGAUCGUGUGUUUUUUCGCUAUAAAUACAUUGGUCACUUCAUUUGUUUUGUUGACAAAACCAAGAUAACAUUUUUAAUCUAAGUUAACCGAUUAUCACGUAGUGACAUAAUUUUAAUUAUUCACAUAAUCAAUAAUCAGAUCAAACUUGCAACAGUAAUUAAUUAUUCUUUGAAAUUGUGCCUUUGCAUUGUUCUCAAAUUGGCUUUGAACACUGGUGCCUUUAGUGACAUCAUUCAAGACAACACUAAAACCUCAUUUCACCUCGUCUCCGAAGCCGCUACCUGUCGCCAACACAUCCAGCCAAAGUGGAUAACAAUUAUAGAUCCUUUGCGGAUCUAUGAACAUGAAACAAAUUGAUAUUUCAAAUGAAAUAGUGUAUUAUGUGCAUGUUUUUGGAUUACAAACAUAGUCUUUUUGGACAUAUGUAUAUGCUCUGUAAAUAAUCGUUAUUUUAUGGUACACUGACACUCAUUGUGAGUGGGUUGUUGGGGAUUCUGCCUUGCAAGUCUUCUGCAAUCCAGUUUGUUUAAGUAUAUAAAUAUAUAUAACGUGUAUUAGAUUUAUUUUUUUCUCUUGCUGUAUGACAGUAGGUUUUUUUUUGUUGCUUUAUUUGAAGCUUGUAUAUUUGUAGAAAAUGUGGUUUCUAUAUAUCCAUUUUGAUGUGUUUGUUAACUCCCCAUAUCAGGAUGAAUUAAUCAAUUGCCUAUUUUAUGACACGCUUUUCCCAAAAGUUUCAGAAACCACGCAACGUGUGUCUGUAGCUGAUUGGCUCCUGCUGAUCAACACUGGGUUGAAAUUACAGCCACAAGUUAACAGUAUUGCUUUUUUUCUAAAAACAGUGCAAGACGAGAUUAUCCAAAGUAUUUUGUGACCACACUACAGGAAGGUUCUCGAAAGAGCUCAUGGCUCUUCUGCUAUGUAUCACAUGGCACGUCAAUAACGUGCAGAUGUUCUAUGAUAACUCGCAGUUGAAUACCUCUUCCAUGGGAUAGAAAAUAAAUAAAAAUCCACAAGAACCUUCUUUAUUUCAUACAUAGUGGCUUAUCAUACUGUGGCUUAUGAUGUAGAUUACAGAAAAAAACGCUUCAACCCCCCAUGUCUUAUAUCCGUGAAGUUGCUUUAACUGGAGCUUUCCAUGGCCUGAUAAGUCAGCAAGCUUCAUGACCGAAGGGGUCCACGCAGCCCUUCAGGACACGCUAUGAAUGUUCAAUAAUGGAUUGUUCCCAGUUUAACAAUCUGGCUCACUCGCUUUUAUUUUUUCCUAAUGAAUGUUUAGCUGUCACUUCAUUAGCAUCCUACCGUCAAUUGGCAUAUUCUGCUCGUCAGAGGUCAACAGCUUUGCGUCUUCCUCAGGUUGAGUUUGGUCUUUUUUAAAGUGCUCAUUUGACAAAAGACCAAAAGCGGCACGUAUAUUUUAUUAGAAUGCUCCCAUCACCACCCUUUAGUAUCUCAGGUAUUCGGUCUGGAUGAAUAUUUAUUUCUGAAUAUUUCUUCUCACUUCUCACAAAUCUCUUCGCCUCUUUUGCAUGAUUGAGCCAAGAUGUACAAUGUUAUAUGUUGUGCUGGCAUAGAUGAGAAGUCAUCUCGUGGAUCUAUUAAAGCAGACAAGUCCCCAGAUAAAUUGGUCAGUGAUCAGAAAAAAGUUGUCCAGCACCACCUGCCCUUUUUUCUCAAUGGACGUCUAUCAGUGGAGAAACUUUGGCUCCAUGUUUCUGCUUCCUGUGGAUCAUGCCGAACAUUCAGAAUUGUAAUUUUACCCAAACAAAAGGGGAUGUGUUUUUGUAUUAGUGAUGCUGUAUCAUUAUGAUGAACAAUAAAAAUGUGAAUUGAAAAUUAAA